AUGAGCACCGCUAUUCCAAAUAGAGAUUUUCAUACAGUUGUCAUUCGUGGCGAUCUUCCGAAGAUUAAACAGGACGACAACGACCAAAGACUUCGGGAUUUACCAGACGAGGAUUAUUGGAUUGAAAGUAUCAUCGAUUACAAUUCUCCUGAUCGAUGGAAUCGAGAUUGUAAUUACGAUCGGUACAAAGUACAACAUAUGAUUGCCAAUGGUCCAUAUACAUCAUCGCCUGGUUAUCACGCUCUAUUUCGUGCUUUUCUCGCUGCUUACAAUUCACACGAAGAUAUUGUACUCUCACCCGAUGAUAUAUGGCUAAUGAUAACAAUUUACUUUGCGAAACAUGUCAAUGCAAACUCGGAAAAACUUCGACACCUUUUUGUUGAUCAUGACGAAAAAAUCAAACUGACAAUCAUACAAGUACAACCGGAGCCUGAUUGGAACAGAUUUCUCGAAGAUAUGCGCACUUCUAUGGGUGCGAAUGUGAAGAACGAAAUUGUUUCUGCAUUAACUGCGAAUUAUUCAACAACAGGCAAAGUUGAAUCGCUUUUGUCUUGUGCGGUAGUGAUGAAUGCAUUUAAAAAUUAUUUUGAUUAUGGACUGUUCAUGACAAGAUGUGGUAUUCGUAAAGUACAUUUUAUGGGUACACUUGACGAUUGGAUACUUCUUCGACAAAAAACUGAACAGUUAAAAGCUUUCACCACGCCUGAAGAUCAAUUUUCAAGUUAUGUUCAAGGCCUUUUACCGAUACUCGAUAAAUUCAUUGAAACUUAUCAAGAGCAAGUCGAUAAUGAAUUUUGGGAUAAAAUUUUCAAUGUUGAACAUGUGGGUCGUGGUUCAGGAAGUUGGACGAAACUCACUGGAUGGUUCCUUCGACUUUGCUACGGUAUACACAUGCAAUCCGAGUGCAAUAUCAAUAAAAUUCGAUUAGAUUCCGUUGUUUCACCCGUUGAAUUCGAAAGUGAAUGGACGAAUGAGAAAAAGACAUGCUACGUCGUCGGUGGCUUUCACGGUAUUGAAAGUCAAAAUGAAUGGCACAAGCCCGUCAUGUCUUUGGCUAUCGUCGACGACCUCUCGACAAUUACAAAACUGAAAGAGUGA